CCUUCUCUUUGUUGGGCUUCGGGGGUUGGCCGCCAUUUUGCGCGGCGGCUGAGUGGAGGCGCUGAUUGGGUUUCGGGGACCGGUGGCGGAGCCAAUCAGAGCGGGACCCGAACCGGGGGAGCAAGGCACGGUUUCUGAUUGAAGAUUGGAUAAAGAAUUGAUACUAUGGAGCAGUACACCACAAACAGCAGUAGCUCAACAGAACAGAUAGUUGUGCAGGCUGGACAAAUACAGCAACAGCAGGGCGGUGUGACUGCUGUCCAGUUGCAGACUGAGGCUCAGGUGGCAUCUGCCUCAGGCCAGCAAGUUCAGACCCUCCAGGUCCAGGGUCAGCCACUGAUGGUACAAGUGAGUGGAGGCCAGCUAAUCACAUCAACUGGUCAACCAAUUAUGGUACAGGCUGUACCUGGAAGCCAGGGUCAAACUAUUAUGCAAGUUCCGGUUUCAGGAUCACAAGGACUUCAGCAGAUUCAGUUGGUCCAGCCUAGUCAGAUUCAAAUUCAAGGUGGACAAGCGGUACAAGUUCAGGGCCAGCAGGGCCAGACACAACAAAUCAUCAUCCAACAGCCACAGACAGCAGUAACAGCUGGCCAAACACAGACCCAGCCACAGAUUGCAGUCCAAGGACAACAAGUAGCACAGACAGCAGAAGGUCAGACAAUUGUCUAUCAACCAGUUAAUGCUGAUGGAACAAUUCUUCAACAAGUUACAGUCCCUGUUACAGGCAUGAUCACCAUCCCAGCAGCCAGUUUGGCUGGAGCACAGAUUGUUCAGACUGGAGCCAACACCAAUACAACUAGCAGUGGACAAGGGACAGUAACAGUGACUCUGCCUGUUGCUGGAAAUGUGGUUAACUCUGGUGGAAUGGUCAUGAUGGUGCCAGGUGCUGGAUCAGUGCCAGCUAUCCAAAGGAUACCUUUGCCUGGGGCUGAAAUGUUGGAGGAGGAACCUCUGUAUGUAAAUGCAAAACAGUAUCACCGGAUUUUGAAGAGAAGGCAAGCAAGAGCCAAGUUAGAAGCAGAAGGAAAAAUACCUAAAGAGAGGAGGAAAUAUCUUCAUGAAUCCCGACAUCGGCAUGCUAUGGCAAGAAAACGAGGAGAAGGGGGACGCUUCUUUUCUCCAAAAGAAAAAGAUAGUCCCCACAUGCAGGAUUCUGGCCAGGCAACCGAAGAAGCUAUGACACAGAUGAUUAGAGUAUCCUAACAACCAACUAAAUAACAAAACAUCUGGACAAACAUCUCGUGUCUCUGCAAUUGUUCCCUCUCCUUUCUAUCAAAUCAACUUCUGAAUGGGAAAAUUUGCUACAACUUUGUUCUUUAUCAGAACAAAUAAUACACUUGCAGUGAGUCAUUUGUUUUAGCUUUUAAAUGCAGUGGAUUCAAUCAACUGAGGUACUAAUGGAUGUCCAUUCACCCUUCUCAGACCGGGGAUUGAAAGUCUGGCUCAAGAGGCCUUUAAUAUUCUUGGCAGGACAAUGGCCCAGCUUGAUAGCAAUAGCAAUAACUGACUUAUUAUAGGACAGCUAUACCGUUUGGAAAUUAUGGGGAUUGAACCACAGAGAAAUACUAAUGUUUGAAACAGCCAGAGCUGAUAUGUUUUGUUUUCUCAGUGUGAUUUUUUUUUUGGUCUCUCUCAGACACUGCUUUUUAUUAGGAUUGUUAUUACUUUCUAGCAGCAUAACUUUAUAUUGUUGAAGCAUAAUUUCUCAUAAAAUCUUGAUAAGAUGCCAAAAGUUGUCCUUGAAAUACUGUCCAUUAUAUAUCUAUAUGGGACAAAAUUAAUCUCAUCUCAGGGAAUGGCCAUUGGGGGAGGGGGUAUCUGAUUUUAUGGCUAGUAAAGUGUAUUGUAGCUGAAUUGUGCUUUUGACAGUUAAGGUUAAUUAACUUGCUCCCCUAGAAACUGGUCAUGCAGGUUGUGAAUGUUUCCAGUUAUGAAAACUAGUCCUUUGCCUGGACCCAUUGAUUUUCUGUGAUCAAAGGAUAAGAUGCAGUACUGAACUGUGAACAUCAGACAGUAUGUAAGGACCGUAUCAUACAUGUAACAAAAUCAGAACUCUGUAUAUCCAGUCGAAGUUCAGACUGCUUUGGAUAUGAAAAUAUAAACGCGCUUUCAAAUUUUACAUAUAAUGCACUUUGUAAAUCUAACAAUUCAAAAUUUAUUAUUUCUUCUUGUGAAUAGCUUUUUCUUCCCCUUGGUCCUGUCUGUAACAGUUUUACGUUUUAUUCUUAUACAAAACUGCAA